CAUUUAUAUUGACAACGGGACUUAGACGAUUUGAAAUAUUGAGCCAGCAUAAAAUAAAAAAAAUGCCUAUGCAGAAAGUGAACUAGAUAUUGGAUGCUAUUUGUCGUAAAUAUAAUAUUUUGAUUCAGGAUCAAUCGAGCAUAAAAUUGUACAGCAAAGGCAUGUAACUACGAUUGUACUGUACACAUGUAUCUGCGAUUGUACUGUACAGUUUCCACCUGUGUCGUAAUGCAGACAGUCUGUCGAGUGUGAAACGCUAUUUCCUUGAAAUAAGCCCACAAGAAAGCGUCACUUAACAAGUAACUAAAUAAUUCUAUGUAACUCGAUCGUUCCGGCUGCGAGUGAAGUAGCAACUCAGCAAAAAAGACUUAACAUUUCGCGGUUUGUAUGGUAGGACUUCAAGGUUAGUGGCACCUGUAGUUAAACAGUAACAGAAACAAGUCUGCUUUAUGUCAAACUAGUAAAGGCGCAUAACUGAAAAUGGGUUGGCUACGAGUUACUGCUGUUGUUGUAAUUGCUUGUAUUCUGUACUCAGCAGUACGUGAGAGCGGAUAUAAUCCAGAUGAAGUAAAAGGACUGCGAGUCGUUAUCACGGGAGCUAGUUCUGGAAUAGGAGAACAAAUCGCUUAUAAAUUUGCGUCAAUGGGCGCUAAACUGCAUAUCACUGCUCGACGGGAAUCAAUCUUACAAAAAGUUGCUGCACGUGCUAAAGAGCUCGGAGCGAUAGAAUCGCACUACUUGACAAUUAGUUUGUCGAGUUAUGAGAACUCGACACUCGCAGUGAAGGACGCACUUGAAAAACUCGGCGGAAUUGAUGUGUUGAUUUUAAAUCACUUUACCAACAAUUAUCUCGGCAGUUAUCGCCACGAAGCAAAAGAUAUUGAGAAGCUCUUCAUGCCAAAUAUGCUUACGCAUGCGCAUUUAGCGUCUGUUGCUAUGGAGUCGCUCAUAGAAAACAAAGGCAGGAUUGCCGCAACUUCAUCUGCAGUCGCUUUGUUAGGUGGGGCCUUCACCGUACCUUACACAACAACAAAAUUUGCCUUGGGUGGAUUUUUCAGGAGUCUUGAGCACGAACUCACCAUAAACAAAACGGGCGUCUCCGUUUCUCUUAUACAAUUAGGAUACGUAGCCACAAAUUCCUCAAAAGCAAUCGCGGACAAAAUAAAAGCCACUGGAGCCUCAAAAAUUGAAUGCGCAUCUGAAAUAGUUCGUGGGAUAAUGACACGUGAAAAGUUGAUUUAUUUCCCGGGAUAUGUGUCAUGGAUACCCCUAAUGCGAGCUCUCUUUCCCAACUACGUGGAUAAGAUGACGAGAGAAGCUUACUACGAAGGCGCUUUUGACUAGUCAAUUCUCUAUAGUGGGAAUGAACGAUAAAGGAAAAGAGAAAAUCAUGUCCCAUCUUACCCCAGCCUAUACUAUGUAUCUCAAUUGUGAAGCACCUUUAAUUUAUCUCAAAUUUGUAAUUUAUCUCGAAGCCUUUACGUCAUAAAUCUUGGUCGAUUUCUUCCGUGUAACUUACACGCCGCAGAAGCCGGAGACCUCAGUCUUUCAUUAACUUCACGUGAUGAAUUAGUUACAUUCAACAUAGCAAACAGUUAAUAUUUAACCAUCCAAUUUAUCCAUGCCCUUAUUAUUCGCUUUGGAUCAUGUUAUUCACCUAUAAUGGCUUAAUGUGUAUUGAAUAUGUAAACUCAAUGUAUGAACCAUAGAUAAUGAGCCUAUAUCCAUCAUUCGUAAUUGAUUUGUUCCGGCUUUUGUUACCACGUUACAGCGCUGGUGCCGAGCUUGAAUUUUGUGAUGGUUUAUUUUCUGUUUCCUUCUUUUCUUCCAUAACCUCUAAUUGAUUGUUUGAUACAAGUUGAAAGAUCGCCUUCUCCCUGUAUUUUAAAUCCUUCUCGCUUACGUGUUUCCAAUCGUUCACCUGUAAACAAGGUCGCCGAUUACUGCA